UUGAGCUUCUCGCUCGCUUUACUUUGUUUAUCCUGGAGGGAGUUUCGAAUCAACAUGUUUCACACUUAAUUCAUGUAAGGACUUUAUUUUACACAUCAAUCAUGGCUCAAAGCGUUCAAAACGUCACUCUUUCUCUCACGUUACCGAUAUCCUGCCAGAUUUGCCUCGGAAAGGUGCGUCAGCCUGUCAUUUGUUGCAACAACCAUGUUUUCUGCUCCAACUGUAUCAAAGUUUGGCUGGAGAAAAGCAGCCAGUGUCCCACAUGCAGAGUUGCCAUCACCCCAGAAAACCCCUGCAGAGAGAUCAUUGGAGCAACAACUGACUGCGAGACCAAUGAGAGCCUUUCUGUUAAGAGACGCCUACGAAAAACUCGAGGGGAAUUGCUUUUGCGAGAAUAUGAGAAUGAAAUCGAAACCCUCUUGAAAGAGAACGAAGAGUUGAAAAGCAAAAACCUGAGCCUUGAGAUGCAACUUAAGACGGCUUUGGAACCCAGCACUGUCUUGGUUCCAAUGAGUGAAACCAGCACUGUUGACCCGAGAGUUCUGGAGGAGUCGGCGAAUAAGCUACGAGCUGCCAGUGACUUGUACAGAAAGGUCAAACAGGAUCUCGACAGGCUGAAAGAGGCAAACAAGACACUGCGCUCCCAGAAUUUUGACCUAAUCCAGGAAAAUGUGCGUUUAAAAGCUGAAGUGGACAGCAGGUCUCCCCAAAAGUUCGGCAGGUAUACGGUUGCAGCACUCGAGGCUAAAAUUCAGCAGUAUGAGCGGGAUGUGGCCCAGCUGAAAAGAGCUCUGGAGCGCAGCGAUAAAUACAUUGAAGAGCUUGAAGCCCAGAACCAGAGGGCUAACUUUCCAUCUGAAGAAAACGCCACCUCUGAGGGGACACAAAACGGAGGGGUUGAAAGAAUCGCCCUGAUGCGGAGGAGCCUGAGUGAAAUGGAGGAGACUUCUGUUUGUACAGACUUGGACAGCAAGUGUACUGAGCUCCCCAACAACCACGGGAGCCUCUUGACAACAUCUGAUGUGUGCCAAAGGGUAGGUUUUUUAGGAGGGACUUUGACUCCACUGAAGGAUGGACUCAAGGAUGUUCCCUCUUCGCCUUCCUCGGCUCUCAGAUCUCUGAGCUUGAAGAGUCCUGCAGUUUGUAGUGACAGAAAGUUAGGUCUCAAACCUCUCACUUACCUGAGAAGACUCAGUUUUGAUGAAUGUCAAGGCUCGACCAGCUCACACUCAGCCAACCAAAGCCCAGGAACCUUCCAAGUCAACAAGGGCGAUCGUUUCAAUCAGAACACCGCUGUGAACUCAGACAAAGAGGUGUCGUGUGGGGGCUGGAUGGACCACAGACCCGAGCUGCCCCACCUGGAUGAAAACAGAGAGAACUUCAAGCAACCCGGGACCACUUCUUCAACUGAGGACUCAAAGGGCAACAGUGAAGCUUGUAUGGAUGCAGCAUACCUGGACAAGAUCUCAGAGCUGGACUCUAUGAUGUCUGAAGGCGAGAGCUCUGGCAGUCUGAUAGCUCAACUUCCCCUUGCGUCAACUUCACAGUCGCCAGAUUUUGAUGCCUCCCAAAUUCCAGUACUGGAUUUUUCUAGCAACCUCUUGGCUGAUCCUGGACCUGCAAGAGAGCACCAGACCACAUUACAGACACAGGAGAACACCCACAGCGCACAUCAUGAUGCUGCUACGGCUUCUGAGGAGAAAGUUUCAUUUGUUGAGUGCAGCGAGAGAGUUGAAGCCCUGAUGGAAAAUCCUGGGCAGUCCACCAAACGCAAGUAUCCCUCAGGAUUGGCCAUCUCCAGCCCCUCCAAACUGUCCAAACUCAAGUAGAAGCAGAAAUAUUUGAAAUAUUUUUCUCCAUUUUGAUCUGAUUCAGUGGCAACUUUUUAGUGAAAGUUAACUAGAUUUUACAGCCUUUUCCCUCAGGGCUCAUAUGAAUUUGCCUCACUGUUCAUUAUGAUGACAGCAGUGUGUGCUGGAUGAUGUUACUGUAUAUUACAAAAACAGCUUCGGUGUCCUAAGAGUUUAAGGUGUUAAUACUUUUCUCUUGAAUUUGAAUGCUUUGGAUGUGUUACAGAUUUAUGUGCCAUUCUAAGGCUGUCACCAUGACUAAAAUCUGAAUUUAAACUGUUAAAACAAUAAAUACAAAUUGAGCAGA